CUCUAAAACCCUAGUAAAAAAAUCCACAAAUCUCCAAGAUGAGACCCUUAGACGAGAAAGAAACCACCGUGGUGUUUGAAAAGCUGUUCAAAUUCACCGGCAACAACCUGAAGAACAUAGUCGAAAACCCAUCUCACGAGGGCCCCGACAAAGACCCCGGCCGCUACUGCUUCCGCCUCCACAAGAACAAGGUCUACUACGUCAGCGACUCGCUGGUGAAGCGAGCCACCAACGUCGCCAGACCCAAGCUUGCGUCCAUCGGAACCUGCAUAGGCAGGUUCACGCACGGUGGUAACUUCCAUUUGACCAUCGAGUGUUUAAACCUGUUGGCUACCAACGCCAAGCACAAAGUUUGGCUGAAACCCACCUCGGAGAUGUCGUUUCUCUACGCUAAUCAUGUUUUGAAAGGCGGUUUAGGAAGGAUAACCGAGAGCAUUGCGCCUGGUGAUGGGGUCGUUGUUUUUUCCAUGUCGGAUUUGCCUUUGGGGUUUGGGGUUGCUGCUAAGAGUACUCAAGAUUGUAGGAAAUUGGAUCCUAACGCCAUUGUUGUGCUUCACCAGGCUGAUAUUGGGGAGUAUUUGAGGAUGGAGAAUCAAAGUGAGCAGCUAAUUGAAGAGUGAAUUGGGUAUUUGUUUUAUCCGGUAGUUUUCAGUUUUUUUUUCUGGUUUUGAGGCUGGAUUUUACUAUUACUCUGGGGAGCUUGGUUCAACUUGUACCCUGUUUUUUCUUCUUCUUAUUUUAUGUAUUUGCUGCUUCUUAUGUUACCAUCAAUUUGGCAUAAGCUUUUUGUAUUAGUCUAAAUUUAUGAGUGAGAAAUGUAAGUUUUUUCUUUUAUCA